GAUCGCGGUCCUUCCCCCUCGCCCCCCAGCUGCACAGACAUGACACAGACACACAGUCACUGCAGCUGCUGAGCGAGCCCGACGCUCUAAGCACGCGGCGGCGGCUGGACUAGCCCGGAGCUAGAACACCAGCGCCUGUCAGCGCGCUCCCACGCCGGUCCCCGCACAGCGAUUCUCUCCCGGCCCCGCGGGAAGCGGGGAUCGCGCGCCCGUCCGUUCACGGCUCCAGGCUGCCCACAGCGUCUGCAGCGGUCGAGCGGCUCCAAACCUGAGCGCUCCGGGAAGCCGGCGCGUCUCCAAGGCGGCGGCGGGGCCUGCCCGCCCGGGCUCCCCGCACCCAUCGGGCCGCAUCCCGCUCGCGGCGCCCCGGCGGCCGUGACCUUCCAAGGAGCACCUAUCCCGGCCUCGCGUUCCCGGUCCCGCGCCCCAGGCCCGGGCCCGGGCGAGGCCCUCUUCAGCGCCCGCUUCUCGCGGAGCCGCGGGCGGGUGGCGCAGGCCCGGGGGGGGGGGGGGGGGGGGGGAGAGUCAUCGCAAGCUGCUACGGCUGGUCCCAGUGCUCGCUCGCCACGUUGGUCUCUCGGCCCGACUGAGCUGCCUCCUGACUCCCGCUUCCUGCCUCGCCGCUUCUCCGGGGCUGGGGGCGCCGGUGUACUCGCCUGGCCGGGCCGGUUGCGGGCAGGCCCUGCCCUGAAGGGGUUAAGCGGUCAGGGGCGCGGAAGGUGAAGCCGGCAGAGCUGCGGCUCCGCGUUUCUUCCUGGCGCUGGUUUCCCCGACCCAACCCAGGGCGGCCCUAGGCCCUUGUCCAUGCGAGGCUCCCAGGGCUUGGAAGAGUCCUUCAGGCGUAGAGCAGCUUUCUACAGUCGCCUCGGAGGAGGAGAAAGAAGGGAGAGUGCUCAGUCCCUGCAAGGCGGACCUUUCCUGUUGGCAUUUGGAGUUCAAGGCUGUCUUGAAGUCUGUGCUUGGCACCAUCGGUCGGGUUAGAACAGCGCCAGUUUGGAUCUCCACCAGGACCCACUGCACUUAGUAGGCGUCAGUGACACCACGUGGUUCAGCUCUUUCGGAGUGUACCUCUGCUUGGAUGUAGUCAAGGCUAAGGUACCCACAAUGGGCAUUGGAUCCCCUGGAACAGGCAGUAGUGAGCCACCUAACAUGGGUACAAGGAGUUGAUUCCAAGUCCUCUUGAGAGCAAAAGUAUUAUGAGGGAUGCUGAGGAAUUCUUGCUCUGCACAGAGACAUCACAUUGGAAUUAGGGAUUGGCACUUCUGACUUCUGAGAGGAUGCUGGGAAUCUGCAGAGGGAGAAGGAAAUUCCUGGCUGCCUCUUUGACUCUACUCUGUAUACCAGCCAUAACCUGGAUUUACUUGUUUGCUGGGAGCUUUGAAGAUGGGAAACCCGUGUCUCUGUCUCCCCUGGAGUCCCAAGCCCACAGUCCCCGGUACACAGCCUCCAGCCAACGGGAGCGGGAGAGCCUGGAGGUGCGUGUUCGAGAAGUUGAGGAGGAAAACCGUGCUCUGCGCAGGCAGCUCAGCCUGGCUCAGGGUCAGAGCCCUGCUCACCAUCGUGGGAACCACUCCAAGACCUACUCCAUGGAGGAGGGGACAGGGGACAGUGAGAAUCUACGGGCUGGCAUUGUGGCAGGUAACAGCUCUGAGUGUGGGCAGCAGCCGGCUGUGGAAAAGUGUGAGACCAUCCAUGUGGCCAUCGUCUGUGCCGGAUACAAUGCCAGCAGGGACGUUGUCACCCUGGUGAAAUCUGUCCUCUUUCAUAGGCGGAACCCUCUGCACUUCCACCUCAUUGCUGAUUCUAUUGCUGAGCAGAUCCUGGCUACACUCUUCCAGACCUGGAUGGUACCUGCAGUGCGAGUAGACUUCUAUAAUGCUGAUGAGCUCAAGUCUGAAGUGUCCUGGAUCCCCAACAAACAUUACUCUGGGAUUUAUGGCCUGAUGAAGCUGGUUCUGACCAAGACUCUACCUGCCAACCUGGAGAGAGUCAUUGUCCUAGACACCGACAUCACCUUUGCAACAGACAUUGCAGAGCUGUGGGCCGUGUUCCAUAAGUUCAAAGGGCAACAGGUCCUGGGCUUGGUAGAGAACCAGAGUGACUGGUAUCUUGGAAAUCUCUGGAAAAACCAUCGUCCAUGGCCAGCUCUUGGAAGAGGCUAUAACACAGGAGUCAUACUACUGCUUCUGGACAAGCUUCGGAAGAUGAAAUGGGAGCAGAUGUGGAGACUGACAGCAGAGAGGGAACUCAUGGGCAUGUUGUCUACAUCCUUGGCUGACCAGGAUAUUUUCAAUGCUGUUAUUAAACAAAACCCCUUUCUGGUGUAUCAGCUUCCCUGCUUCUGGAAUGUGCAGCUGUCAGACCACACCCGCUCUGAGCAGUGCUACAGAGAUGUGUCUGAUUUAAAGGUCAUCCACUGGAACUCCCCCAAGAAGCUCCGUGUGAAGAACAAACAUGUGGAGUUCUUCCGCAACCUCUACCUGACCUUCUUGGAGUAUGAUGGCAACCUCCUGCGGCGGGAGCUGUUUGGCUGCCCCAGUGAGACUGAUGUCAACAAUGAAAAUCUUCAGAAGCAGCUGUCUGAGCUGGAUGAGGAUGACUUGUGCUAUGAGUUCCGACGAGAGCGCUUCACUGUCCACAGAACACACCUAUAUUUCCUGCACUACGAAUUUGAGCCUUCUGCUGACAACACAGAUGUUACCCUUGUUGCUCAGCUCUCCAUGGACAGACUACAGAUGCUGGAGGCCAUCUGUAAGCACUGGGAGGGACCUAUCAGUCUGGCCCUCUACCUGUCAGAUGCAGAAGCCCAGCAGUUUCUCCGCUAUGCCCAGGGAUCCGAGGUGCUCAUGAGCCGGCAGAAUGUGGGCUACCACAUCGUGUACAAGGAGGGUCAAUUCUAUCCUGUCAAUCUUCUGCGCAACGUGGCUAUGAAGCACAUCAGCACACCCUACAUGUUCUUAUCUGACAUUGACUUCCUGCCUAUGUAUGGGCUCUAUGAGUACCUCAGGAAAUCUGUCAUCCAGCUUGACCUUGCCAAUACCAAGAAAGCAAUGAUUGUCCCAGCAUUUGAAACGCUGCGCUACAGACUCUCUUUCCCCAAGUCAAAAGCAGAGCUGCUGUCAAUGUUGGACAUGGGGACCCUAUUCACAUUCAGGUAUCAUGUAUGGACUAAAGGCCAUGCACCCACAAACUUUGCCAAGUGGCGGACUGCCACCACACCUUACCAGGUUGAGUGGGAGGCUGAUUUUGAGCCAUAUGUUGUCGUGAGACGAGACUGCCCUGAGUAUGAUCGGAGAUUUGUGGGCUUUGGCUGGAACAAAGUGGCUCACAUCAUGGAAUUGGAUGCACAGGAGUAUGAGUUCACCGUGUUGCCCAAUGCCUACAUGAUCCACAUGCCCCAUGCCCCUAGUUUCGACAUCACUAAGUUCCGUUCUAACAAGCAAUACCGCAUCUGUCUCAAAACCUUGAAGGAAGAGUUUCAACAGGACAUGUCCCGACGAUAUGGCUUUGCUGCAUUGAAAUAUCUCACAGCUGAGAACAAUAGCUAGCACUAUGAAGGCCACCACUAGGGAGAGACAUCCACAAGGGAAAAACCACUUCCUGCUGGGGCCCAGCCUUUGAAGACAAAAUCCAACACUGCUUUUCUUUGGUUUGUUUCCCUUUGUCUCUUUGGCCCCACAAAGCUGCUCUCUUCUGAAGUCUUGGACAGAGACCCAAUCCAUCGUGGGUGCUUCCAGGAUGGGACAUAGAAGAGUGGAAGCAAAUGAAGAGUUUAACAACUUAUCACAAAGCCACAGACCAAGUCAGGGUUUUUGAAUGUUCCCAAUUGCUUUUUAACAAUUAUGGGUCAAACCUUAACUGUUGAGAAAGUAAGAGCAAUAACGCUUCCUAUGGUGGAAAUUUAUCCCGCCACCUAGCUGGGUACCCAUGUGGAUAGCAACCCAAGGACCCAAACAAACAUCUGGAGACUCUCAUAUGGACAUUAUACAUGAGGGACCUGAAGGAGGGAUGAAUUGGUUGUUUAUUCUCAAAGUCACUCUUGUUUUGUUUUGAGUUGUUUGAAUUUGGGGGAUUUUGUUCAUUUUGAUCUAGAAAUCUAAGGUUUUUUUUUUUUUUUUUUUAAUCUAAUUCUUAAAGCUCUGAAAAAAAAUCAACUCCCUCAAACACACCCCUCAACAGCAGUGGCCCUGCAAAGACAAGCAUCCAUGGAGAAUGUUCAUGAGUGAACAGCUUCCUUCAUGAUGAACACUGAGACCAUCUGAUUCCAAGUUUCCACUCUCUAGAUCCAGUACUAUGACAGGGACUACAGAAAUAUGAGUCCAAACACUAUAUGCAACUCACAUUUUCUAUGGACCAUCACCAAGUCACAAGGAAAGGGCUUCAUGGAACUACUUCAGCACUCACAGAAGGUAUGAUUCCCUUCUUGGGCCUUUAGAAGAACUUGAACAGUUCCCAGAAGUCCAAUUUGAACACUUAUAUGACUACAUUGAAGCCGCUGGAAGAAAUGGGUCAGAUAUCUCUGUGUUCUUCCCUGCUUCACUGUUGAAAGUGAGGGAGCUGAUGAACUUAGUUUCCCCUCAGGACCUGCCCAAGUGUUGGCACGAACCUCUUCAUUGUGCAUAUAGGAGAAACACUGGACCCAUUUUCUUUACUCUUCACUAUUAAUGUUGUGUUUACAUUGAUGAGAACAAGAGUUAAUGGCAUACCCUGUACUGAGCUGUUUGUAUUGAGUUGACAUGUGACCAGCGAAAGCUACAUUCAAUAAAUGAAGUACAGACUGUU